AUGGUGGACGCGGACGUGGACGCAAUGGUGGGCGGGGCCGAUUACCCCGCGACGCCAAAACGACGCGUGGGGGGGCCCACGAUGAAGGUGCGCGACGCAGCGCGACAGCUUGAAGAAACCGAAAAGGAGCCCAAGCGUACCACACGACAGUCCGCUCGAGCAACACCGAUUGACAAUGACGCGGAACGAGCGAAUGCUGCAAAGCGAGCUGUGGACAGCAGUAACGAUGGAAGAGCAAUGCUCCGGCAGGCUCUGGAGAUGCUGGGCGAGUACAGUGAGAAGUUUCACAGCCUUCACGAAGUCAUCAAAGUUCAGCAGGAUACGAUCCAGGAACUGAGCCAGAAGCUGGACGACAAUAAUCGAGAAAUGAACAACAAAAUGGAACAAAUGCGAACACAAAUGGGCGCAGAGUUGCUGCACCUUCGCGAGCAACUCGAAGCCAUCACGACACAUGUUUCAGAAUCCCCACAACUAUCUUACGCUGAAGUCGCGCGCUCAGCGCCAUCUUCUGAGCCCAGCAACAUACGAACCCUUUCGACCGGAAACACAACACCUUCAAACUUCACCGACACUUUCUACUGCACCAUUGACACGUCGCGGAUCGCAGACGGUCAAGAUGAUCAAGUCACCGCGGGUGCCAUCCGCACUAUGGCGGAGACCGAGAUCCGAGCGGAGCAAGGUUUUUCCAACUGGCGAUGCCGUGCUGUCAUAAAAGAUCCCAAGAAACCGAACCGUAUUCGGAUCGCCUGUCGCGACGAGAACGAACACAACAUGGUGAAACAGGUGGUGGGAGCCAAGCUUCCCCAUGGCGCUCGGCUGUUACGCGAUGAGCUCUACCCGGUCAAGGUCGACCACGUCAAUCGCAUAGCGGUACUAGACGAGAUGGGCGACAUUAGAGCUGGCGCCAUCGAGGCUUUCAGCAAGGAAAAUGAUGUCCAAGUUGCGAAGAUUGCGUGGCUCAGCAAGCGAGACACUCCGAAGGCAUACGGUUCCAUGGCCGUUUACGUUACCAAGGGAUCAGACGCCAAACGACUGCUUUCGGAAGGCUUCUUCUAUGCUGGAGGAGAGUCGGGAUACACGGGUUCCUUCGAGCGACGACCGCGCCCAGAGCAGUGCUACAACUAUCAGCAAGUUGGGCAUAAAGCAUUCCAGUGCGAGAAGAGUCGAAUCUGCGGUAAAUGCGCCAAAGAGGGCCACCACCACAGCGCCUGCAACGAGACUGUCUACAAGUGCGUACUCUGUGACGGGCCACACGAAUCGUUCAGCAGGAACUGCAAGAAGCUCUACCCGUCUGAUCAUGAAUAA